AUGUACCGCAUCGUGCGCCUGUGGGACGGCUCCCUGAACCGGAUGCACUUCUUCCCGCUCGCCGUGCCCUUCAUCGGCGUCUUCGCCUCCAUGACCUACCUCUUCGGCUUCUUCGGCAUCAGCAUCAUCUCGGGCGUGAUGGAUCCCCCCUUCCUAUCAUCCCCAGCCCCCAGCCCAAAGGACAGGUCGGCGGCACCCGCCGCCGGCCCCGCCAAACACUUCUCCCCCACGGAAGAAGGCCCCUCGGACUACGGCCUGGACAAGCCGGAGGUUAUCAUCGUUGGGGCGGGGACGGCGGGGGCAUCGGCCGCGGCCACGUUCGCUCGACAGGGCCGCAAGGUGCUCCUGGUCGAGAGGUGCAUGAGCGAGCAGGACCGGAUCGUGGGCGAGCUGCUGCAGCCGGGGGGGCUCCGGGCGCUGGAGCGCCUGGGGCUGGACGCGUGCGCGAAGGAGGGCACGGACAGCGUGGUCGUGGACGGCUACGCGAUCAUCCGGUCCGCCGAAGCCGGCGGAGCCGCCGCCGCUCCCGGAGGGCGGCGGGAUUCUGUGAUGCUAUAUUACCCCGAGAGUGACCCGGAGAACAGGUCGGAACUCUUCGGCAAGGGCGUCAAGCCCGCCGCCGCAGCGACGGCGAAGGGCGGGGAGGCCGGCCGGCGGCCUUGCUCGCGGGAGGGGGAGGUGCCGCGAGGGAGAAGCUUCCACAACUGCCGGUUCGUGCAGCGGCUGCGGGAGGCGGCGCAGGCGGAGCCGAACGUGAGGGUGGUCGAGGGGACCGUGUCGGCCCUCCUCGAGGGCGACGGUGGCGAGGUCGUGGGAGUUCGAUACCGCGAAGCGGCAAAGGGAGAGGGACAGGAGGAGGAGGAGAGGGUCACCCGUGAGGUCCGGGCGCCGCUGACGGUGGUAGCGGACGGCAUCUGGAGCGGCCUCCGAAAGUGUGCGAACACCAACCGGCCCCAGAAGCUGUCCACCUUCGUCGGGGUCCUCGUGAAGCACGCCGCGGACGCGGCCCCGGUGCCGCACAAGCACUGCGGCCACGUCGUGCUGGCCCACCCGUCCCCGAUCCUCAUCUACCAGAUCUCCUCGACGGAGACGCGGGUCCUCGUGGACGUCGCCGGCGCGAUGCCCAGCGCCGCGGACGGCGGCCUCUCGGCCCACCUGAGGGAGAAGUCCGCGCCGCAGCUCCCGGCGAUGUUCCGGCCGGCGUUCCUGGAGGCGGUCGCCCGCGGGGACGUCAAGUCUAUGCCGAACAGGGCGAUGCCGGCGUCGAGCGUUCACCGCCCCGGAGCUCUCUUGCUUGGGGACGCCCUGAACAUGAGGCACCCGCUCACGGGGGGCGGGAUGACGGUGGCACUCAAGGACGUGGAGCUUCUCUCCGAGCUGCUGCGAGGAGUGCCCUUCCGGGACGCGGCCGCCGUAGCGUCGGCUGCGGCGCGCUUCCACGCGGGCCGUAGAGCCCACGCCGCCACCAUCAACAUCCUCGCCAACGCCCUGUACCACGUGUUCAGCACGCCCGAGGACCCGGCCUCCAAGGGCACCCGGGUCGACCUCCAGGCGGCUUGCUUCGACUACCUUAGCCUUGGCGGCUGCUACUCGGCCGGACCAGUCGGCCUCCUUUCCGGCCUCAGCCCCGUACCGUGGGUCCUGACGACCCACUUCUUCAUGGUGGCGUUUCACGGCUGCCGGGAGCACCUCCUGCCGGUCCCUACCCCGGGGGGAGUGCUGCGCGUGUAUCGGCUGCUCCACGUGGCGACGAAGAUCAUCAUGCCCCUGCUGGAAGAGGAAGGGUCGACGUUCUUGGCCUGGUGGCCCUUCAGAAAAGCGAUUCAGCUGGUUCUUCCCUGGGAGCACGAGAGAUGGGAGAACUAAUAGCUAUACAUACCUCCACGCCCGCCCGGCACGCGAAAACACCACCGGGGGCGAUUUUUGCUAGAGAGAACCGUCUACAUGGGUUUUACGCCAAGCUUUUUC